UACCUACCUACGUCAAAAUAUUAAAGUUCCAAUUGGGUACAGCAGUACGCGCCCAACUGUUCAAAAAGAAUCUUUCCACGUUACCCGAAUAAUUAUAUUAUAACAUAUUAUUAUAUCCGUAAAACGCGGUUUUUCGUUUACCUAAUCGUAAAAUCRGUCUACAUGUACUAACGCAUUGCUGCAGAUAAAAGUCCGCCGUCAUGAAAGCCGGCGGCGGGACUUUGGUCCGAUUGACGCUGAGCGGUGGAGCGUUGGUCGUGUCCACCGCGGCGGCGUGUUGUUUCUUGGCCGUGUGGUCGUACUGGUACUACGAACUGGACGCCGACUGUGUGCAGGCACGCGACUGCAAGUGUCUGCUGUUYGGCACGAGCUUCGCGGGCGGCGGUUUCGUGGGCGGCGACCGGUUUGCGUGCCAGUACGUCGUGUACUCGCUGCUGGCGUCCGCCGGGCUAGCAACCUACACAUUCGUAUACUACGGCUGCACGUUGCUACUGUGYUCGGGCCACGGCCACGGCCACCGCCGGCACCAGCACCACCGGCCGGUUAGCACAGUGGCCGAGACUAGACCUCAGGACGGCACCACGGGAUGCAACAGGACCAACAGGUAAUACCUAUUAUAUAUGUUACCGGAAAUUUUGACACUUAGGAAAUGAUAACAGGAAAUA